GAGGAGCGCUGGAUGUGCCCGCGGUCCGUGAGCACAGGAAGAAGGUGGAGGAUGCUGAUGCAUCAGAGAAGAGUGUCCAUGAGGAGAACGGGGAGGUGUCGGAGGCAGAGCAGCCUCAGGGCAAGCACAGCCGGCACAAAAAGAAGAAACACAAACACCGGAGUAAACACAAGAAACACAAACACUCUUCAGAAGAAGAUAAGGACAAAAAACACAAACACAGACACAAGCAUAAGAAACAUAAACGGAAAGAGGUAGCUGAUGCCUCUGACAAAGAAGAUGGACCAGCAAAAAGAACUAAAAUUGAUUUUUUAGCUCCUCUGGAAGACUUGGAGAAACAAAGAGCGUUAUUGAAAGCUGAGCUUGAAAACGAGUUAAUGGAAGGGAAGGUCCAGUCUGGGAUGGGGUUAAUUCUGCAAGGCUACGAGUCGGGGUCUGAGGAGGAGGGGGAGAUCAAUGAAAAGGCACGGAAUGGAACGAGACCUGCAGCCAAGGCCAGCACUAAGGGGAAGCUGGAGCCCGUGGACAAUAAACCUAGUUCCAAGAAAGCAAGUAAGAGUGAAUCAAAAGAAAGGACUAGGCACAGGUCUGACAAAAAGAAAGGCAAGGCGGGAGUCGACGGCAUCAAAGAGAAGACGACGAGAAGCAAGUCAAAAGAGAGGAGGAAAUCCAAAAGCCCUUAUAAGAGAA